CUUCUAUUUGCGCCUUCUUCGACGUACGCAAUGAAGCAUGAAGAAAUUCAGCAGGCGUUUAAAAUGUCAAGAUUCUUUCUAAGUAAGGCUUUCUGAGGCGCUCAAAUUAAAUGCCUUCUAAGGAUGUGUUUACUGAGACUUUACUCUAAUAUUUACUAUUUGCCCGUUAAAACGGUAUAAAGGGAAAGGAGACCGCAUAAGAUUUCAGCUGACAGAUGAGAAAUGUCCGGUACUGUCGAAUGCUUGCUGCUGCUAUCAUGCUGUGCUGCGCCAUUUCUCGGCUCACCAGUGAGGAGGAGAACAGCGACCAUCAUGCCUACCACAUCUACGAGUAGCACGAGUGAAGGUGAGGAUGCGCCGGAUUCUGGCAGUGACGACCUUUCAGUUGACGACACCGUUGCCGAUGAUGCCGUGCCGGCAGCAGACGAAGACUAUUGGCUGUUUAACCGAUCCAAUACAACCGAUCCGAUAGCCGACGAAGACUACCCGAUUGCCAAUACCACCGAGGCCGUGGACGAGGUGACAACCCCCGAGGUAAUGGACGAAAUCGACCAUAACGGUCGUAACAUUAUUAAAGUCCGCAAGCUGCCCUGGGAAGAUGAGCGAGGACGAUUACAGAAUACACUUUCAUGGAAGCAGCUGUUGGAUUGCUCUAUAGCCAGAAUGCAAAAACCUUCUCGGUGGCAAUUCUUCGUCCAAUGGUCCCGCUUUUCGCGUGUCUGUUGACCAGCCAUCGGACCAACAAAAGGGAGCGUUUAACCUCUCAACUGAAUGCGGUAGAGUGCGGCUUGCGGUGUAAGCGAUGCUGAUGUGUGCUUUGCUUCUUUCGAUUGUGUUUGAUUUUGUACUCGCCUCUUCCCAGUGUAGAUGUCAUUGUGAACCCUGAACAAUGUUUUAUACUUAAGUCUGACUUUAUCAGUUUCCCCCUUCUCUCUGUUCGUAAACUUCGUUUGCCUUACGAGCGGUCUGAUGAGUUCUUCUGUAACCAUUCUGUUGUCUCGAUUCUGGUAUUA